CUUGGCUUAUCAUCUUGAAUGCCCCCGCUCGCUCUCUCUCUCUCUCUCUCUCUCUCUCUCUCUCUCUCUCUCCAUUAAAAACGCUUCUUUUUCUUAGUCUGUUUCCAGCAAAUCUGUCUCAUCGUUUGUUCUCUCAAUAUUUUCGUAUGCAUUGAAGCAUAUUCAAGACAGAAACUAUUGAACCCGAAAAAUUUGUUGAUAUCAAGAAGACCCUCGUUGCGUCUUGAUAUGAUAUUAGAUAUUGGAAGAAAUAGUGCCAACAAUGUCUCUAUGGAACCCAUAUUUGAAGAUUUUGGAAGAUCCUCAUUGACUACAUCUGCUAGAAGCAUCCCUGUGGAUUCAGCAUUGCCGUGCUUGAUGUUCUGUUAAACAUUCUACAGGAAAUUAUGUGGUGUCUAGUUAAUUUAAAAUUUAGUUGGCAGGCACCAAAGCUGUUAGAAUUUGAUUGAACUAAAUGGCCACAGAACAAUAUCUCCAGCAGGCUGCAGUACAAAGUGAUUACAAUGAAGGAAAAACUGCGUUAGAGAAAUGCAAAUCGUUAUCUUCUGCAGACGACGAGCCUGGGACGAAUAUUUCCGGUGGUUUUGAAUGUAACAUAUGCUUGGACGUAGUGCACGACCCGGUGAUCACAUUCUGCGGUCACCUCUAUUGUUGGCCCUGUAUCUACCGGUGGAUAAGUUUGCAGAGUGUCUCCCCUGAAAACCCUGAGCACGAGCAUCCACAAUGUCCCGUCUGCAAAGCGAAGAUCUCACCAAAAACCUUAAUCCCACUCUAUGGCCGCGGAAACAGUACGACAUCUAAGGAUAAAGUUUCACAUCUCGGUAUUCUCAUACCACAGAGGCCUCCAAGUCCUAGAUGUGGCGGUAAUGUGCUAAUCCCGACUACUACCCUCGGGGAUUUGCAUCCAGUUGGGCAAAUUCAUCAUCAAAGCUACGAACAACAAUCUCGACCAUAUCAGCCACACUCUCACAAUUACACGGCUUCACCAAUGCUUCCGAACGGUGGCAUGGCUACAAAUUUGAUUGAUCCGAUGAUAGGGAUGUUUGGUGAAAUGGUCUACUCAAGGAUUUUUGGGAAUUCGGAGACGACUUCAUAUACUCAUCCGAAUUCUUAUCGUCUACAAGGUAGCAGCAGUCCUAGGCUAAGAAGACAUAUGAUCCAAACUGAUAAAUCUCUCAGCAGAGUUUGCUUUUUCCUUUGGUGUUGUGUUAUAUUAUGUCUCGUAUUAUUCUGAAUAGUUCUCUCUCUUCUCGUAGUCCAUUUUGUACUUGUAAGAACUCUCUGUAGCACUUGAUUGAGAGAAAAGAACCCCAAACCCUACAUUUCAAUAUUAA